ACUGUUAAGUGGAUCAUUUACUUGACACAAUUGACAAACAUAAAAAAAUGACAAAACCGUUAUACCGCAAAUUGGAUGCGAUAUGAAAUUGGUUGUAUAAAAGCACAUGAACACACACCCAUGCAGCUAUAAUCGUUCGAAAGAUACAAAUUCUCUCCCCCACUCGACCAUCAAGCAAACAACCAACCCCGACCAACCGUAUAAACAAAUAAAAACGUUAUACUACUAAAUAAUUUGAUGAUGCUCCUUUAAGACACAAAAGUACAUACGGCCAUAGAAAAUCCUUGAGAGGAAGCGGCAAUAACAUAAGAUAUGAAACCAUAGAUACAAUAUCUAAGGGUAGGUAUAAUGCUUGGGUGAGAGGCAAAAAUAGUUGUAGUAGUAGUUAUGUUGUCAGGCCAUUACACUCCUAACGAGGGGAAAACAAAUUAAAUCAUUAGAGACGACAUAUCCCGCUGGCCGCUGCUGCCACCGUUCCGUUGUGCUCAAUUGGAUGCAAAUACCACCGCCAUUCCGGAUAGAGCCGAUAAACCAAAAGGCGGAGUUCUUAAUCCAGCAUCCAGCAACACAACGCACAGAGUAUCUAUUGGACUUUAUAUCCAACCACGAGGGGAACUGAUGGUGAAAGGCGUGUCUCGGAUUUGUAUUCUAAAAAUACCCCAUCUCGGUGUAUGAGAUGGGUUGAGAUUGCGAGAGUAAAACACACCCCAAUCACAGAGAAAAUAUUGCUUCUUCUUCGUCGUCGGUUGCUGGGAAAUUCGCCCUCUGCCAGUAUAUCUGAAUCAAACGGCUGAAGAGGAUUCACUUUGUUGGGCGAAGUUGAUCCAUUCUGUGUUAAUACAGAUUUCGGAAGUUCAAGGGAUGAAUGUUAUCCCGGUCGGAUGAGUUGAUUUUUAGUCGUUACAGUGCGUUCGAUGAGAUAAGAGUGAAAAGAUUUUUCCGUAAGAAUAAAAACUGAUUUAAAAAAUUCCGGGAAUAGUUCUGGGUUAUAGAAAAGUGAGAAUUCCUCCCGUGAGUGAUCGAUAGAUUGUUAAAAAAUUUUCUUUGAAACAAAAAAAAUAAUAACAAAAAAAUCAAGUGAAGUGUACUAUGGUAAUGAUGCAAACAAUCCAUUCGGAUACCUCACAUACGGGCGGCGGCCAAUUAAGUCCGAACUCAAGUCCCGAUUCUCCUAAAUCAAAUACCUCACCCGACACUAACCCUAAAAUGACCCAACAAAUGAAUAGCUUGCUGUUGGUGCAAUCACAACAUGCCAGUGAAGAUUUCAAAAUUGAUCGCUUCUCAUUUGACCGUUUGAAACAGUUGACCGAUCAUAGGAUACUUAAUAGAUUGAGUCCACCAUCAUCCGGCACUGAUACGCGUAAAGAAGAUAGCUCAAUGUCUUCUUCUGUCAAUAACAAUAACAAUAAUUGCAUUAGUAGUUUUAGUAGUAAUAACAAUAUCAGCAAUAGUAAUAAUAUAAUUAUUGAUCGUCGAUCUCAUUCGCCAUCGCCUAGAAAACCUGUUGAGCAGCUUGAAAUUGGUACGAAUGUUAGGAAACUCAUUCGACCUGAGCCGAGCCAUCAUGUGCCCAGUGGACUUUUACAUCAUCCGCAGCAUCUGCAACAUCAUCCUCAUCAAAAUUCAUCAUCGCAUCCACAACUUCCGUCACAUCUUGUUUCACCGCAUCAUCAGUUUCAAUUUCGUAAUUUACACCACGUUGUUCAGUCGCCUUCAAUUUCCCCAAAUUUAACAGACACUACACCCGCUGAACAAAAUAGUCCAAAAAGGCAUUCACAUCAACAGUCACUGUCGCUGUCGCCAACGGAAAAUAUUUCUGCACAAACGUCGUCAUCGACACCUGCUGAUAUUAUUGGAUCAGUUACAUCGACUACAAUUACUACCGUUACGCCUGUUGCCACAACGUCCAACACAGGUGCUGCGAAUGACCUUGAUAUGGAAAGGAUUAAGUUGGCAGCUGCUACGGUUGCAGCGGCCCGAACAGCAGCAAUAUCAGCGGCUAAUGAGAGGGAUCUAAGUGAUUAUGGAUUUCGGAUACAAUUGGGUGGGCUUUCUGCGGCGGCAGCAGCAGCCGCAGCAGUUGCUGGUCAAAACAAAAUGUACACUAGGAGUGAAACUAGCGAAGAACUUAACGUGGAUGGUAAUGAGGAUAGUAAUGAUGGAUCUAACGAUACACCGUCGGUAUGUCCUGUGGAUCUUACCCGUUCUGUCACAACCAACACACCUACAGAUAAAGAAGCCGCCAAACGUUUAGCAUUCUCCGUGGAAAACAUAUUAGAUCCAAACAAAUUCACAGGGAAAAAAGAAUCCAUAUCAUCACACCACUUUAAUCCUUCGCGUCAAUGGAGUUGUAGCAGUAGUAAUUACGAUCGGGACGAACUACAAGAUCGGCUGGAUGAAGAAAGUGAAAUCAUGUCUGCUCAGGAUAUCAACGACAUGGACCAGGAUGAAAUGUGUGAUGACGCAAUGAGCAGUGAUAUCGACGACAGAGCCAGUGAAACUGAUUCAAAAAAAGGCGGAAGUCGAAACUCACGCGGUAGUUCGAGUGACGGAAAAGGUCCUGGGGGAAGUAGUGGUGGCGGCGGUGGUGGUUCGAAGCCUCGCCGAGCUAGAACUGCAUUUACAUACGAACAACUUGUUUCACUUGAAAACAAAUUCAAAACAACGCGAUAUCUGUCUGUUUGCGAGCGACUUAAUCUAGCUUUGAGUUUAAGUUUGACCGAAACACAGGUAAAAAUUUGGUUUCAAAAUCGCCGAACGAAAUGGAAGAAGCAAAAUCCUGGCAUGGAUGUGAAUAGUCCGACAAUUCCACCUCCAAAUAGCGGAUCAUUCGGUCCAGGCGCUUAUGCAAGUAGUUUACUGUAUCCUCAUGCUGUACCGUAUCCACCUUAUGGACCUUACUUUCACCCUCUUGGUGCUCACCAUUUGAGUCAUUCACAUUCAUAAGUAAGAUGGCAGGACAGGGAUCGAUAUGCUUGACAUCCUGCUUUACAAAGGCGUGUGAUAUUCAGCCAGCCAACCGUAAAAUGUGAUGAUGAUGUUUUAGAUUCGUAUCAUUAGUUGUAAGGAUGAUUAUAUUAUUUUUUGGGGUUCCACAAACCCGUGGUGCUUUACAGUGGCCAACGCUUAUAAUUCUCCCCAAAAAGACUAAUUUGAUAGAUGAAAACAGGCUGACUCAUAAUGGGACAGCUUAAAAUUUUGUUUUGUUGGUGUAUCCUUACUGACAUAAAUUGUGGUUAAGAUUUAUUCUACAAUGCGCUAACAUCACAGUGUCUUAGUAAAUUGAUUCUUGCCCUAGUUAUCCGUCGGAUCUCGGGUAUGAAGUGAAGUAAACUAAUCUUUUAGACAGAAUGUAGCGACACAUGGCCAUUUUAUACUACUUGUCGGGUCUUGUGCAAAAUAUUUACAUUAAGAUGUAAUAUGAAGUUUUAUUCAUUUUCAAAAUAUUGUAUAAAAAAGGUCAUGUAAAACUUCAUUGUAGCUGAAAAGUUCAGCUUAAGCCAAAUUUUUUUUGUUUGUUUUGUAAAAAAGAAUUAUGUUAUAUGUAUCUUCUUAUAAAUAUAUAUGUCUAAGCCGUAAAAUUAUUUUAAUUAAAAAAAAUAUAAAAAAAAACGAUUUAUGUUGUUCUCUGAUGUAAAUAUGUAUUAUC